AUGUGCGGCUUCGUGGAAGCGAUCCGUCCGCUUGCAAACGCCCCGGUAAAUUUGGCACGACAUGCUCAGCCUCGCAGUGACCUAGAGGGACAAUCUCUCCACUGCCAGCCUCUGCUCGCGCAAUCAAUCAUUUACAUGGACAUUGCAAUCGACCAGCCAACGAACUGUCAGCUGGAGAGCGCGAGGGUGCUAAUUACAUUGGAUGAUCCCGCCGAGACGAGAACCAGACGAGAGGGAGGAAAACCGCUUCAGAUGACGGACUACUACGGACCAAAACAGCUCAGCAGAGAAGUGACUAAAGUCACCGUCGCUCGCAGUGUACAUUUAGUGCCACAGGUCAACGUAAUGGGCAGUGGCGGAGGCGGCAUCGGCGUAGAAAAGGAGCGAUCAGCCAGUUACCUAACCCGAUGGUCAUUUACUAGUGGCCUCCUAACACGCGAGCACUUGAGUCAAUGUUACCGCACUCUGAAGUGGGAGUGA